AUGAUCCACUACGAUGCCAUUGGCUCAGGCAACACUAUAAUGAAGAACCCUUUCUGGCGAGAUGAGCUUGCGAGCAAGACGGACAUACUAUGUUUCGAUACGGGAGCUGCUGGGUUGAAGGACCAAUUUCCCUGUCUGGUUAAACGUGGUAUAUCCGACCAUGCGGAUUCGCACAGCACCGACGAGUGGCGGGGACUUGAAGCGGAGAUAGAAAUCUGUGAGGUGUUGGAUUGGCAUACGAAUGACGACUACAGCGUGCAGCAGAAUGAUAAUUUGGAACCGCGCGAGCCUGGGACUGGCGGAUGGUUCCUCCAAACACUGGAGUUUGAGGACUGGGUGGAGAGUCCUGGCAAACUCUUAUUCUAUCCUAGUAUCGCCGGUGCAGGGAAGACUACCAUUGCAUCUAUUGUUGUCGAUUACCCCCAAGAAGAGUACGAGAACGAUCCAAACUGCAGCGUCGCCUAUAUUUAUUUCAAUCAUAUGCGCCUUGAAAAGCAGACAAUACGACAUCUGCUCGCCACACUGCUGAGACAGCUAUCUGAAAACGCAACACACCUACACAGUUUAAUCAGAUAUCUAUACCAGAAGCAUAGGAAGGAAAGGAAAAGGCCGUCAGUUAAUGCUCUAGUGCAAGGCUUGGACGAGUCAGCUGGCCUGCAAUCGCGACAGUUCAUUGUCGUUGACGCACUGGAUGAGUGA